AUGAUCUCAGUGUACUCCGUCUUAUUUGCUCUAGUGCUCCUCUCUGGGCUGAGCGGCCGCUCUGUUACUGUAGGCGUACCUGCAAGCAAACUAGACGAUGGCAGGACAGAGCAAGAGAGCUUGGGUUCGUUACUGGAUGACGAGGCCAUGAAGGAGGACAGCAUGGGUCCUCCCUUGUUCAGGCGAAGCCUCAUCGUAGAAAGCAAAGUUGGGGAUGAAGAUGGGAAGCCCAAAUUCAUCAUCUUCUCAUCACUGGUAAAUAAUGUGCCACAGGACACAGGCCUGGAAGGGCCCAGCAUGCGUGGGCUGAACCCAGCUUUCACCCGGGGCCUUCCUCCACUCAUGGACCAAAGAUCAGGUCACACACCUGCUGAAUACAAUUUAAAGGUAGACCGCCGAGAUACCGACAUUGACGUGCUGCGAUGUAUGAUAGGAAGAGUCUACCGACCCUGCUGGCAGUCAUAA